UAGCUCAUUGAGCCGGCGAACAAUGUUGCAACACAACCCCUAUGUCCUGUGCAAGUAAGCAAUAAGAGCGGAUUUAGCUUCGAUCACGCGCCUUCGUGGAUUUCGAAGAAAUAAAUUACACUUCAAUCAGUUGCCCGGUGACCGCUGAGCGCGCCCCACGCUCCGAUAGCGCCGCAGCCAACAUUUAAUUCAUCAAUUAAAAUACAUCGCUCCUAUGGAUAACGAACAAAUUGUGGAUUUUAGUAGCUUGGAUGAGUCGGUUCAGGAGUUGUUGAGACGCGCGGCGGAGGCCCGGCUGCGGGCGUACUGCCCGUACUCCAACUUCUCCGUGGGAGCCGCGAUCCUGACCGAGCGGGACGGCCGGGUCUACACGGGUUGCAACAUCGAGAACGCCGCUCUGAGCCCGUCCAUCUGCGCGGAGCGGGCGGCCGUGCCCAAGGCCGUUAGCGACGGCUACACAAAGUUCAAAACCGUGGCGAUUGUGGCACAUCAGCAGAACAGCUUUACUGGCCCCUGCGGCGUUUGCCGGCAAACCCUCAGCGAGUUCCGGGGUUCCGACGGAGACAUCAAAGUGUACCUCGGCAAGCCCACGCUGGACAAAGUACUCUGCACUUCACUCUCUCAGCUGUUACCUUUGUCUUUCGUCAGUUAUAAAGAAGAUAGUGUUGUUACCUAACGCAUUGUCAUUUUGAGUGUGAAAAGUGAAUACGUAAAUACUAUGGAAAUCGGAAGUAAUGGACAAAAAAGUUAUGGAAUAAAAUAAGUAUUUUUAAA